AUGACGACGUCACCCCAACCCGUCGAAGUCCAAAUCCACGGCAACAGCUUAACCCUUCGGGGUGACAGUCUGCUACCUCCCAAAGGAACACCAACGCUCAGGGCAUCACGGUCUGCUAUAUCCGCCGAAUCCGGGCUUCGAGUCCCAGAACGUGAUACUGGGGCAGCCGCCGCGGAGGAAGAGGGCCCGGCAGAAUCAAAGGACGCGGGUGGGCAGGAGGCCGACGAAUACAUUCUCGUCACGUUGUCCAAUGCAUCGCAGGACACGCACAACGAAAUCAAAGCUACCGGUGCUGCUGUAUUGACUUACAUUGACGACGGCGUUUACCUGUACAAGAGAAGCCUGACCAGCAGCAUCAGCGAUAUCCAGAACAUCCGGGGAGUUCGCUACAUCGACGUGUAUCCUCCCAGCGUGAAGGUGGACGGUGACCUCCUAGCACAUACUGGCGCGUCAAGACCUUCGGAUGCAUCGGGGGCAGCUCCUAAACCAUCCGUUACUCCUGGAGAAGCCGCUCCUACACCUGCUGGUGCUGCGGCUGUUCCGGUGGAAGCGGUGGCGGACGAAGAGGCAUCAGCGGAGCCCUUGACAUCGACAAUAGCGCCUGCCGGGGCAAAAGACAAGGUGGCAAUCGAAAUCCACUUUCACGAAGGCCUUUCUGAGUCAGAUAUUCAGAGGACUGUUGACAAACUUGCAUCUACCGGCCUGCUGGAGGCCGGUUCUGUUGAGGUCUUCACUUUGACGGCCACAGCGGAGACAACGGCCGACAAGCUGGACCAGAUUGCUAAAGCUCCUGAGGUCUAUGUCAUCCGGGAGAGGCCGGAAUACGGUCUCAACAACAACUUUGCGACUGAUGUCCUUAUGGUGGCUGGCCCCGUCCUGGCCGAAGCUGGCUAUUCUGCUGCGCCAUUGCCGUACGAUGGCGCCGGUGAGACCAUCUCCAUCUCUGAUUCGGGGUUUGAUCGGGGCUCCUCCGUGGCCAUCUUGGACGAUCUUUCAGACUUACAUACAGCCUUCACCAGCCGGCCUGACGGAUACAAGUUCUUCUGCUUGCAUAAAGCACACAAGCCAGGCCCUGCGAGCGCACCAGUCACCGCAAGCUGUAUCAAAGACCUCCACGGACAUGGCACACAUGUUUGCGGAUCUGCACUCGGCUCGGCACAACAGUCAUCACUCGCGGCUCCCGGCAACGCCGGGUACAUCCGGGGGUCAGCACCUGGAUCACGGCUGCUGUUUUCUACCGUUUUCCCUCAUCCGCCUGCUGGGAAGUUGAUGGGGCGCUUCUUCGGGGGUACAAUCAAGGACAUAUACGACAGAUCGCUGAGUCAUAUGGCUUCGGGUUUGCCAAGGCCCAUCUUCAGUGAGUCCUGGGGCUACGAUCACGACAACAAGACUGGGCCUAAGCCGGGCUACGGGCCUACUGAAACCGUCUUCGACUCGUUCUUACGAACGGAGAACACGCUCGUGUGUUUUGCGGCCGGCAACGACGGGGACGCCACCAAAUAUGUCGGCAUCGUCGGGACCGAGGGCGCAGCCAAGAAUGUCCUGACUGUCGGCGCCUGCGAGUCGCCCACGUCGGUGUGGACGCAGGCAUACGCAGACGUGACGUCCAAUGCCGCCAAUCAGCCGGUGGACAAGGCUGUCCCCGGUGAUCCGACCAUUGUCUGCGACUUCAGCUGCGCCGGCACGAAGGAGGUCCGGCAGAAGCCCGACGUUGUGGCCCCGGGCAAGGAAAUCCUCUCGGCAGCAUCCCGUGACUGCUCAGAGCCCACACACCCGAAUGACAAGAUGUACUGCUUCAUGACGGGCACCAGCAUGGCAACGCCCCUUGUCGCCGGCUGCGCGGCUGUGCUCAGCCAGGCUCUGCGGGCUCGGGACCCGGCUUACAGGAACGCUGGUCACAACGGCGUGUUGCUCAAGGCACUGCUCAUCAAUGGUGCCGUUCCGAUGCCCGACCCUGCGGACCCGGAUCCUCAGAUCGAGACGGGCAAGAACCGUCGAGGAGGUUUUGGACGUGUCAACCUGCUGUGCUCGCUUAGUCAUCUGAGCGAUCCGAAACGACCCGAACCUACAUAUUUCGUGGGCAACUUUGGUCUCAAGGGCUUCGAGGACAAGAGAUUCACUGUUCCCAAACCGGUGGGCACCUCGGGGAGUCUCAUUGCCGAUGUAAAUCUUGCAACCAUCAAGGUCACGCUGGUCUGGGCUGACGAAGGUAAUGCGAAGCUGCAAUGCCUCACGUACGUUUCCCUCACCCAGGAAGCCACGGGGAACGUCUGGUUCGGCAAUCGUCGGGGUUGGGUCCAAAAGUCCAGCGUCGACUCGGCAGUGAAGCGCGAGGGCUAUGCCGACAAGAUCAAUAACGUCCAGCAGAUCUACUGCACCAAUGUGCCGGAGGGUGAUUACAAGAUCAAUGUCCACUAUUACAAGGACAUUUCUGGUAAAGCGCCUCCCAUUCCAUGGGCGGUUGCGUGGUUGGUUCUUUGA